UCGACAACCUCAUCUUUGAAAGUUAAUCUCUGAAAUCGAGAGUCGAUACUUCAGACCUCUGCUUGUAUGGUCUCGAUGGAAGGAACAUUCAGACUUCGCCAUUGUGGUCGAUAGUGUGGAAACCUCCACCUUUAUACCCACUGCAGCCUGGAGUCAUGCAGGCAUCACAAGAUAACGACUCACCCACUGUGUUGGACAAUGAGUCAAAAUCUGGCUCGCAAAUCUACUCGACAAGUACCUCAUCAUUGCCAUCACGCACGUCUACUCCAUUGACCACACCGUUGACAUCGGGUGGUCCGUCACAACACGCUCAGGAUGUCGUAUUUCAAGACAUAGAGAAAUACAUUGCUCUCGGUAGCCUUCACUUACAACAUCAAAUACCUCUCACCUUUAUCUCCAAACAGCGCGUAGCUGACUGGACCGAACUCACCGUUCAAGAUCUUUCGGAAGAGGUGAAACACGUGCUCGGCGCCAAUGUCUUCAGAUUGCUGGAAGCUUCAUGGAUACGACUUUUUUUUCUAUUUGUAUCUUCGCCCGGAAGAUUGGGGUCGCCGAGCCAUUGAUCGCCAAAGGAAAAGCUUGAAAAAAGCACUCCGCGAUCUUCUUCCUGAUAUCAAUACCUCGGCCCAGGCUUGGUCAGGUGGGAAAGAUAGCAGUGAAGCUGAGAAGGUUUACUUCGAUCCUUGGGCGAGCGACGAAAAGGUUUCACUUUAUUAUCUAUUCAACAAACUAAAAUCGCCUGAUCCAAAACCUGAAGAUGUACGAAACCGAUAUAGCAGAGAAGCAAUGCGUGAUCUUUUGGCAUCAACAGCAUCGUAUCAAAUAGACGACUGCGAAGGAUUGGCACUCAAUGGGCUGAAGACUACACUUUAUCCCUACCAAGCCCGAUCGGCUAGUCAUAUGAUUCAGCGGGAAACCGCGCCUCAGCUACAACUGGAUCCGCGUUUAGAAAUCAGGUAUUCCCCUACUGGCCAAGCAUAUUACUUUGGGGCACGAGAUGGGAGCUUCCUUCAAGAAGCUCGAUAUUAUGAAACUAAUCGCGGGGGUAUAUUAGCGGAGACCAUGGGUUUAGGUAAAACUAUUAUAUGCCUUGCAGUGAUUCUAGCUACGAAGGGGCACCUGCCACAAAUACCGCCGGCUUAUCAACUGCCUCCUCCUGUGCGAGAACGGGUUGGGUCUUUGGCAGACGUGGCUGCCAACAUCAUUGGUCGUAAUGCGAUCCCAGGGAUUGCAUACAUAAAUCAAUUAGAAGCUGCCGAGGAUCUUGAUAUGAGCCGUAUCAAGAACAAACUCGAACAGUACAGGCCUACAUACGAAAUUCCAGCAGAGGUGCCCCGGAUGAACCGCAGCACACGGAUACCACCCCCAAGAUCUCUUGUCAUGUGUAGUGGCACCCUUGUAAUAGUUCCACGCAAUCUUCUCCACCAAUGGCAGGCUGAAAUUCGCAAACAUAUUCACCAAAAAAUGCUCAAGAUUCUGAUCAUGGAUACUGCGCCCAAAAGAGGUGCCAAGCGUCGCGGCGGCGAAGAUGCCGAUCAUGACAUGGAGCUACGGAGCAAGCUUCCCACAGCAACCGAACUAUUGGAGUUUGAUUUGAUUCUGUUCACAAGAGCGCGAUUUGAGCAAGAGAUCCAGGAUGGUGCAGACGACCAAGGACGUAGGCUGCCAAGUGGUGCACCUUUAAUAUGCCAGUGCCCAUAUAUCGGCGCAUCGAGAGUACGGGACUGCUCUUGCCUGGCAGGCACCCAAUUAUACGAAUCGCCGCUGAAGAAACUCCACUGGUUACGUAUCAUCAUAGAUGAAGGGCAUAACUUCGCUUUUGGUCUAUCAAAUGCGGUUCAGCUAGCUAAGCAAUUGCAGACGGAGAGACGUUGGGUGGUUUCUGGAACCCCAGCAAAGAAUUUGGUUGGCGUGGAGGUAGACCUAUCCGCACUCGAAGAGAGCAAUUCUGACCCCAGCCUAAUCCGCGAAUUGACAUUGGAGCAACGGAAAAAUUUCAGUCUCGAUGAUGAUAAUAUGAAGGGGGCAAAAGCACUGGGAUCACUCGCAUCGAACUUCCUUAUGGUUCGACCUUGGUCCGACUCGCCUGCAGUCGACGAAGGUAGGCUAGACUGGGACGACUACAUUUAUCGGCACGAGCAUCAGUAUCGUAAAACCUUUUCUGGGUUCUCCAACUGUUUCUUACGGACAUUGGAAGGACUAGUAGUCAAGACGCGCCCUGAAGAUGUCGAACGGGAUAUUGUACUACCUCCUAUGAAGCACAGAGUCGUCUACCUGAAACCCUGCUGGUUCGACAAAAUGACAGCAAAUUUGUUUAUACAGGUCCUCCGCGCCAAUGCUGUGACUAGCGAGCGCUCGGAUGUCGACUACCUUUUCCACAAGAACAGUACGAAAGCGCGGCAUAGUCUGAUCAGAAAUCUGCGCCAAUCUAAUUUCACGUGGACUGGUUUUAGUUUAGAGGACGUAGGUGCUACCCUCGAAACCAGUCGCAAGUACUUGGACAAGGAAGACAAAAACUGUUCAGCGGCGGAUGCAAGGAUGCUUCUAGAGAGCUGUGCCAUUGUGGAGAAGUUGAGAUCUUCCGAUGCUUGGAUCGCUCUCAGUAAAGCCCACGAAGUGGGGUUAGCCAUAGAAGACUGGCCAGAAAAUUCAGUGCAAUCAUUCGCAUUGGUAGCUGGAAAUCCCGCACUGAUUGGCAUUACACAGCUGUUGGAAGGGCAAUCCUAUGUCGACAGUCAUAUCCUAUCAGAUGACCCUUCCUAUGGGCUUUUUGCAGUCGGAGAAACGAUCAAAGAGGGACUUAAGGCUAUAGAAGAAGCUGAUGGGAGGAGGACUACGCAUGACAAGGAAGAUGAUGAAAAGAGCAUGAUAAAGACCGGUGUCCCUUCUUCUUGCGUAGGAGUCCAGCCCUUAACAAGCAAAAAAGCGCCUGUUACUCCUGGUAAACCUUCACCAAAAAAGAAAAAUCCGCGGACUUCGAAGCCGACCAUGAACUCUUCGGUUGAAGAUCCGAUUAAUUCACCAACACGUACACGAAAGAGACGAUUAACCCUCGCCGACGAGCUUGCCGACCUUCCGGCCUCUUCACCCCUUCGAACGACACGUGUGUUGGGAACUACAUCUGCGAAAUUGACCUAUCUCAUGGAGAUGGUUUUAAAGCAUCACACCGAAGAGAAGAUCAUCAUAUUCUAUGAUGGGGACAACGCCGCGUUCUACAUAGCACAGUUCCUGGAAAUGCUAUACAUCAACCAUCGCAUAUACGCUAGAACCCUAGAUAACACCACGCGAUCGCACUACGUCUCCCUUUUCAACGAGGACCCGGAUAUUCGCGUUCUAUUGAUUGAUGUCGCGUGUGGUGCUCUUGGCCUUAAUCUAAAUGCGGCGAGCGUUGUUUCGAUCGUAAAUCCUAUCAAUCGUCCAGAGAUUGAAGCACAAGCAAUUAAACGAGCUCAUAGGAUUGGACAAACCAGGGAAGUUCUUGUGGAGACCUUGGUCCUGGAAGGAACUAUCGAGGAAGCAAUCUUUAACCAGGCCAAGAACAUGUCUAGAAAUGAGCACCUAGAAGCAAAGACGCUCGAAGACAACGACAAGAUCGUCAAUAUCAUCCAGAACGCCCAGGCCCUUCAUGUGAAGCCAGAUGAGGUCGAUGGCGUUGCCCAAUACGCGCUCUUCAAAGCACCGCAACAAGUCUUUGGGCGCGCAGGCCGCCACAAAUAUCAGAAGUACGGUCAAACAGGUGCAGAUUCGAAAUUACAAGAUCCCUCGAGAACGAAGCGGGCGAGAACGAAGAACACAUCACCUAAGUCAACAUUGGAAUUAAGGGAUCCGCCUCCUCAGAACAAUCAAGGCGAUGUUGCACCAGCAGUUAGCAUUUUCGGGAAUCUCACAUAAGUUAAUCUUAUCAGCAUUCCGUAGACAUCGCGGGUUGGGCUAUAUACAAGGAAUUAUUGUUUCCCUUUGAGAAAUUGACGGCGGUACUGGUAGCCUUAGGCCAGGUUGUCAUUCUAGACCUCUUGCGACUGUGUGCGCAUGUCAGCAUGAUGCCUAGUUGUGUAACAAAAAAAAUUCAAAAAAGAUUAUCUAUUG